UGUUGAUGUGUGCGCUAUUUUAUUCCUCGUGAAUGAGUACGGUGCUCAUAUUUUGUUUUUAAAUUACGUCGGCUUUCUAUUCAGUUGUAACAAUUUUCCAGUCCACUGUAUAUGCUUCGUUUUUUGUGUUUAUUUACUACAAGGGAUAUUAUUUUCUGAAUUUAUUUAUUUGGUCAGACGCAAAAGAGGAAAGCUGAGACCAUUGGCGGAGGGAGGGAGGCGACCCCGCCCUCACCAUUUUGGCGGCAGAAUGAGCGAGAUUUGGAUACAGUGUUUUUCAUGUUGCGUAACCGAUGAGCCACCUCCUAAGAGGCGGCAUAGAAUUGACAGAUCUAUGAUCGGUAGCCCUACUAAUUUCAGGCAUACUGCUCACGUAGGAUCAGGAGAUAUGAAUGUCCAUCUCAAUUCCCUUCAGCACCAGAUGGCUUCAAAGGGUGGAUAUGAAUAUGCUAUUCCUGUGAAUGUUCAAAUACCUGUUGUAGAUGUAAAAAAUUAAGCAUGGAAAGAGUACUGAAAUCUUUGUAAAUAUCUUAAUUUUGGACACCACCAGCUGUAGUAGUUAGCAGCAUAAUGUUAUUGCCAAUUACUUAAACUAUGGACUUGUAUGGGAAAAUACUAAUUACUGUUAACUGCCAGAUAUUGAAAAUUAUCUUUGGCAUGUUCCAUCAUGACUGAAAUUUACUUACUACUACCUGUGCUCGUGGAAUGAUGUGUUAAAAAAAAGAAUGAACAUUGUACAUUUUAUUUUUAGGUUUUUAAUAAGUUUGCACCAGAUAGUUUACUUGUGUAUUUCCAAAGUGUGCAAAGGGCUUUUUGUGUAUUUGAUCUCUGCCCAUCUGAUAGUUUAAUAAAAUGAAAAAUUGUGCUAUUUUAAUUUUAGUUAUGUAAAUGUGAUGAUAACAUUUGAAAACUUCUGAUUCCAUAUGCAUUGGUGUUUAAAUUUUGAACUGCAAGGAUGUGCUUCAUCUGAGUAAGGGUAUUGCCAUUCAGUGUAAUUUUUUAACAGUGAUAAACCUCAGCAACAGUUUAAUAUGUGUAAAAAGACUAGUUUCAUUGAUACUGUGAGCAAAAAUUAUUUUCUGAUUUUUAUUAAAUUUCUAUAAUAUAUUACUAUAAUCACAGUUUCAUUAUUUAAUGUAUUUUAUGGUUAUUGAAAAUCUUCUGAAAAUUUUUACCUAAUUUAUAUUUACCAUUUUAAUUUAUAAUAUACUAUUUGUAUUAACUUCUGUUUAUGCAUAUGAAAGCGAAAUCUCAUUUCAAAAACAAAAAUAAAAAAAUGCAGAAAAUUCCACAAUCUGAGUAUUGAUGUUUUAGCAAGUUCCUAUUUUUUGAAGACAUGUAUAUUUUAGAACUGCAGAUGCUAUUCAUGUGUAAUUUUUAAGCUUUAUGUACAUCAGUUUAAAAUAAAAUAUAUUUAGUUUUUUAAUUAUUUUGCACUAAUUCAUAAAAUCCAUUAUUUAACUGCUGCUGGCAAAUUUCUAUUAAUGAUUUCAUUUUUUUGGUAAUAUAUAGUUUAAUUUCAUGUAGACUUCUAUAUAUUUUGCAACAUUAUAAAGGUUGCUGUAUUUCUUGAUAUUAAUGUAUAAGCUUUUUAUGUAUUUUCCAUUUUCAUUAAUAUUUUGUUUCUUUUCUAUUUAAAAUUAUAAAAUUAUCUGUUGCUGUAUAUUCACAAAUCUGAAUUAUAAAUUCUCAUUAUUGAUUAAAAUUGACAAUAAUAAAAUGCUAAAAAAUUUUAAUCUCAUCUUUGCAGUUGCUAUACUUGUGUUUUAUGUGUGAAAUGUAAUUUUUAAUUUACUAUUUAAGAAUGGAAAUGUGAUAUUUUAGGUAAAAGUAUAAAAGUUCUUUCUAAUACAGUCAAAAGUCGUUAAUUCGGACACCCAUAAUCCGGAAUGAUCUA